AACACUCAGAACCACCAGUCUGGCGGAAAAACAGAACUGUAUUAUACAUAUCAUAAAGCGUAUUUUUACAUUUAGUCUAGAAUUGUCAGCAAUAUGAACUUUUAAACGAUGACAGAAACUUCUAGACUCCCCUAGAUGUAUCGUGGUGGAUUCUACCGUUUUCCCGCAACAAGGUGGAUUUUUAACUUGCUUUUGAAUUUCGCAUGAACUGUCAGUGAUAUAAGUAGGAGGAACCUUUUUGGGAAAGCAGACAUAGAAAAGUAGGCAGCGACACAGAGUUCAGAGAUUUAAUCAACAGUUUCCUUCGGAUUACUGAAGAGUCACCGGCAUACAUGUACAACUACGGAAACCUGGGCAGAGGAAACGAUCGGACCUUACCAGAUAACAGCUCUGGAUCAGGCUCGAGCUCCGCGACUGUCGCUACAACCGCUGCUACAGCUCAACAACAGCAGCAGAAAUAUUCUGUGGCAGGAUCCAGUCAGUUUGUGCCCAGUCUCAAUGCCAUAACUUCAAACCAGGACCUUCAAUGGAUGCUUCAGCCCUCCGUUCUAGGCGCCCCGGGACCAUCCAGGGCACCAUCUUACUCACUGCCACCAAGAAUCCCAUAUAUGACUCCUCAACUUUCCCAAUCACACAUGUCCCGGCCAGGUGUAAUUAGACCAGCUACAGCUGUUGGCAGCUCAACAAGAAGCAGUAAUGAUGAACAUUUAUCCCACGAGGAACUUGAGCGGCGCAGAAUUAGAAGGGAACGUAAUAAAAUGGCUGCUGCAAAGUGCAGGAAUCGUCGACGCGAACUGACUGACACAUUGCAAAGUGAAACUGACCAGCUAGAGGAUGAAAAAUCUCGUCUGCAGAAGGAGAUCGCCGAGCUUCAGAAGCAAAAAGAGAAGCUUGAGUUGGUGUUUCAAGCCCACAGACCCAUCUGCAAAGUCCAGGACUCGGACUCGGACUCUGACUCCAGCAAUGACAUCCCGACGCUGAGUGGAAUCAAGAUUGAGUCUGUGGACCCUGAUCUUCCUGGACCCUCCAGAGAAUCAAAGAUUCACGCCAAGCCUAAUAGACCCCAGCACAAAAUUACCAUCCCACCUCCAGCUUCAUCCAUAUCCUCAGUUACCAGUGCACCUCUUGAAUCAGAGUCUCUCCAUACUCCUGUCCUCAUCUCCACUCCAUCUCUAACCCCUUUUACUGCCAGCCUGGUCUUCAGCUACCCCUCUUCUUCACAGGAUACCCGCUCUGCGACUUCAUCCCAAGCUCUCAAUCUCACCAGCUCUCAAAGUACCAGCCAGUCUUCUCAUAACCCUCAGCCGUGUGGCGUCGCUCAUCGCCGCAGCAGCAGCAGUGGAGAUCAGUCAGAUCACUCUCUCAAUUCACCAACCAUCCUCACCCUUUAAUUUCUCAUCUGCUGGAGGGAGAAGUGAUUCCAAAAGUGUCCUUACUACUACAUACAAGCAUAUAUGCUUUUACUUGUGUAUUCUGUUUAUCUUUAUUCAUGGCAGUUAUCAAAUAACUUAAAUGCACUAUAAGAAUAGAGAAGCACGAGUUAAAGGUGAUGUGUGUAACCUCAAUAUAGUAAGGAGACCCAACUAUGCCGUUCGUUAACUGAUUAGUAAUACUCUACAAACCUAGAGCGUGAAUUUGGAGGUCUGUUUGACCUGUUCGUUCAAUGGAUAACAUAUCGUGUAAGUGUUCAGGAAAAGGUAUUUUUGCAUUUCAUUUGGCAACGUUUUUAAGGAUGUGUAGUGCAAAACGAAAGCUCUGACCAUCCUACAUACGAAGUAGACUUACAUUUUUACAGCACAUAUGUAUAUAACACUGAAAAGAAAACUGACUGACUUUUAAGUCGUAACAUUUUACUGUAGUGGCAUUAAUAAUAGUAUUAUUGAUUUAUAAUCAUUUACUUCAACUACAUAUCUAGUAUAUUGGUGUCGGUACUGUAGCAGUUAAAAACUGGCCUGCUAGCAAAAGGUUUAGAGGUUGCUUUGGGGGUUUGAGAGUUAGAGCACAGUGUAGUCUAUCAUCAGUAUGCUUUUCAGGAAGGAAUAUCAGUUACUUCAGGAAAGCGAUUUUUAAAGCUGUCUAUUACGUUAUUUAUUAUCAUGUUACCAAUUUUAAAAAUGUGGAUUUAAAUUUUUUACGUAAUGAUUGUACUGUCUUGCUAUGCACAUGUUUGUGGAUUUAAUGUAAUGUCUUGUUAUUUUAUGUUUAAUCUUGGUUUUAAGAAAUGCUGCGUUAUAGUUACAGUGUAUGCUGAAUAAGCUAGUUUUAAAGAAACUGAAGGGAUGCAGCCUAAACCUGGUUCUUUACAUACAAUGUCUGCAACACCACAACCCAACACUGAGAAUGUGCACUUCAAUGACAGUUCACUGUUACGCUGGUUACAAAAAUGAUAUUUUAACUUCAUGAAACACUUCCACUGUUACUAUACUACAGGAUGUUUCCUCUACAAGUGCAAAGAUGUGUGAUUUACAGGCCAGUAGAAGUAAAUUCUAUAUAAUUUAUACUGUACUGAGUACACCAUGUUAGACUCUACUAUUGCUUGACCACAUAUAGAUUUCUAUGUAUUUUUGAAAACAAGAUAUUUUUUAGUGAUUUGACAUUGGUUCCUUUAAUAAGGAGACAUGUUGCAUGCUAUUUUACAUCUAUUAAAACAAUUACUGAAAAUAUGUGCUGCUAUUGGGAAUACAAAACAAUGUUAUGACCCUGAGCUGAUCUGUAACAUACUAGAGUGCCUUAAAAUGUGGACUUCUAUUGAAUUCUAUACUGUAUGAAACAUGUAAGUUGAAGCUGACAUGUAGCCCCCUUAAGAGACUCUGUUUGUGGCUUAUUGCAGGGGGCACAUAGAUAAAUAAUAUGGCAAUGAAGUAAAUGUUUAGCAAGUUAUAUAAUAGAAAAAUAGUCUCUCAAAGCUCACAGGGGUACAGAGGGAGGAAACAAGGGUUUCAGCACACAGUUUCCUCCUAGGAUGUCCUGAUGACAAAAAUGUUUAAUGAGUCACAGAUCUGAAACCAAUUGUUAAACACUUUCCUCUAACAGUGUUGAUCUUUAAUUGUUGUACAGCAAAUUAAAACAAAUAAAGUUCUGCUCAGGAUAAACA